UCAGAUAGAAUGGCAGAGUAAAUAUAAGAAAAGUUAAUUAUAGAAAUGUUUGAGAUAAAAGAAGAGAUAGUUUCCUUCAAGGAAGAAACCCUUCCCUCCUCUACUGUAGAGACUACAUGUACUGUUAGUCUACUUAAAGAUGAUAGAAAGAUGGAAAAUUCAGGAAUACAAGGAGAAAACGUCGAUUGUGAAUUUGAUCCUCUGCAAUCUGAACCAAAACCAAAGAGAAUCAAGAAGAGUGAAGAUGUAUAUCCAUGUUCUCUAUGCGACUAUGCCGCAACUCAAGCAAUUCAUCUGAAGCAACAUGUUGAAAGUAAGCAUGAAGGAGUGAGAUAUCCUUGUUCUUGGUGCGACUAUGCUGCAACUCAGGCAAGUCAUCUGAAGCAACAUGUUGAAAGUAAACAUGAAGGAGUAAGAUAUCCCUGUUCUCAAUGCGACUAUGCCGCAACUAUAAGUAGUGAUUUAAAGAAACAUGUUAAAAGUAAACAUGAAGGAGUGAGAUAUCCUUGUACUAAAUGUGAGUUUGCCGCAACUCAGGCAAGUCAGCUGAAGCGACAUAUUGAAAGUAAACAUGAAGGAGUGAGAUAUUACUGUUCUCAAUGCGACUAUGCCGCAACUCGCGCAUCUUCUUUGAAAAUUCAUGCUGAAAGUAAACAUGAAGGAGUGAGAUAUCUUUGUUCUCAAUGCGACUUUGCCGCAACUCGAGCAGAUUAUCUGAAGAAACAUGUUGAAAAUAAACAUGAAGGAGUAAGAUAUCCUUGUUCUCAAUGCGACUAUGCCGCAACUAUAGCAAGUGAUUUAAAAAAACAUGUUAAAAGUAAACAUGAAGGAGCGAGAUAUCCAUGCACUCAAUGUAAUUAUUCUGCAACUACAGCAAGUGAUUUAACACGACAUGUUAGAAAUAAACAUGAAGGAGUGAGAUAUCCUUGUUCUCGAUGCAAAUAUGUCGCAACUCGAGCAAGUCUUCUGAAGAAACAUGUUAAAAGUAAACAUGAAGGGGUGAGGUACCCUCGCACUGAAUGUGAGUAAGCUGAAAGUUUAGCAGGUGAUCUGAAGAUUCAUGUUGAAAAUAAACAGAAAAAUGUGUGAUAGACAUGUUCUCAGUAAGAGUAUGUUGCUACUUUAGUCUAGUGACAUGUUAAGAAUAAUUAUUUUUAGCGUGAGCUGUCUUUGUUUUUCAAAAUUAGUUUGUUGAUUAAAAAAGAAUUACAGGGUUACACGGCCCGUGGAAACUUCAAAGAAGUUUACUGCUGCAGGGGGGGGGGGUCAAUCAAAAAGAUUUCUGUGUAAACCAAAUCAUUUAUUCAUUUCCAAAAUGAACAAGCUUUGUAAGCUUCUUCCUGACUUUUUUUUGUAACGGCCAAAAAAGUUUUCUAAAAAGUGACUUCAGAAAAUAAGAGACUUUUUACCAACGUUUUUAUUUCGUCUUAUGUCAAGAAAUUGAUCAUCUUUUCCAAGUUAGCUGAUCGGCCAAAAUUAUCAUGUUUUUAGUUUUACUAAUUCUUUGAUUGGGUUUGCGUAGCCUGAAUUUCAUUUUAUAUGCUCAAUUUAUUUUU